GAAAACUUAUCAUUCAAAACUCGAUCCGUUUUGUUUUGCGUUGUUCCCUUUCGACUUGUAUUUCUAAAAAUCAAUUUAUCCGCUAGAGGAAAAUGGCCAGCAAUGCACCAACCCGAAAGCCAAGUAAUUCUACAAACUCCCGCAUCAGUCAUAAGGCAUUAAAGUUGGAGAUGACAUCAUUGGCACGAUCCUAUCAUCAGCCGGUGGUGAUAAGCGCCAGUGGCAAGGACGUCAGCAAGGAUAAGGAAAAGAAAUUGAAGCCACAGAUAUUGAAAAUAAAUACGAAACAGCCCACAAAACGUGUAGAAAUCGUCCAGCAGGUGCGUCCAGUUAUAGCCAAAGCAUCUAGCAAUGAGCGACACACGGUUAUGGAAAAGCCCCAUAUGGAACAACAACAACCUCAACAUGCUCGGCACUCUCGGAAAGUGAAGCCCGACAACAGCGUGUCCAGGUCAAAGGACUUGCGUUCGGCUGUUGUCGAAACCAUUUUGGUCAGCAAACACCUAAAAGAGCCGAAAUCACCAGAGAAACCGGAGACCUCACAGCGACAGAUACGUACUAAAAAUCAAAGUCACAAUACCAAAGUAUUUUUCGAUAAAUAUCUCAAAUUUGCCUACGAUCUGAGCACACCAACGGGUGUCCGACAACUGGAAGAUCAUUUCUUUCCCAAAGAUCAAGGCAAAUCAAAUUCGAAAGCUAAUGAACUGGAAAACUCCUCUGAGAAACAAAACCGGACGAUACCUGACGAGAAGACGUCAACCGUACGUCAAAAUACGGAUGCCAUUGAUCAAAAACUGCAACAAUCCAAAUGCUUUGAAAAUGCACAACAAUAAUCAAAAUUAUUAAUGACA